GUAAGGAGGUGGCCCUCAGGGACCGGGACUACGGCUCAGCCUCCCUGGCCCAGGUCCGGGCCCUGCUCCGCAAACACGAGGCCUUCGAGUCCGACCUGGCGGCGCAUCAGGACCGGGUGGAGCAGAUCGCGGCCAUCGCCCAGGAGCUCAACGAGCUGGAUUACUACGACUCCCCGAGCGUGAAUUCCCGGUGCCAGCGGAUCUGCGACCAGUGGGACCUGCUGGGCUCCCUCACCCACAGCCGCCGGGACGCCCUGGAGAAAACGGAGAAGCAGCUGGAGACGAUCGACGAGCUGCACCUGGAGUACGCCAAGCGCGCGGCGCCCUUCAACAACUGGAUGGAGAGCGCCAUGGAGGACCUGCAGGACAUGUUCAUCGUCCACACCAUCGAGGAGAUCCAGGGCCUCAUCGCCGCCCACGACCAGUUCAAGUCGACGCUGCCGGAGGCGGACAAGGAGCGGGAGGCGAUCCUGGGCAUCCAGCGGGAAGCGCAGCGGAUCGCGGAGCUGCACGGGAUUCAACUGCCCGCCGGGAACCCCUACACCUCCGUCACCCCCCAGCUCAUCAACUCCAAGUGGGAGCGGGUGCGGACACCGGGAUGGGCCCGCGGGGAGUCCCACACCCCUCCCGCCCUCAGCCGGCCCCGGAUCUGCUCCUGA